AUUUGACAUCCCCAUCAAUUAAUAGAAAAAAAUUGUUUGUAUUGUAUUUCGGAGGAAUCUUUGGUAUUUUGCAAAGAAUUCGGUAGACGAAAUUUCUGCAUUCGAUCCGAAAUAUCUGCUAUCUGUCUAUUCUGAGCGAAGGUAUAAAAAAGUAAUGAGCGAUUGGUCGAAAUCACACAAAAACGCCAGUAACGCAAAAGUCGAAAAAAUGACGGAAGACGCAUCAAAGUUUCUGGGUGGUAUCCUUGGUGAUAUAAGCUCAAGAUCUGCAUAUACGCAAAUUGCAAUUGGAGCCACAUCGGGAUGGAUUACUGGCUUUGCAACAAUGAAAAUUGGAAAAUUUGCGGCUUUUGCUAUUGGCGGAGGCAUUAUUUUAAUGGAGAUCGCCCAUCAAGAGGGCUUCAUCGAGAUUGAUUGGUCUAAAAUUACAGGAAAACUUGAUAAAGUCACUGAUAAAGUAGAAACUGCUGUUACUGGACAAGAAAAAAAUUGGAUUGAAAAGACUGAACGUUUUGUCGAUCGUAAACUUGAUCGCGCCGAAAACAUACUGAAGUCAAAAACAAAGAAAGCCAAGAAAUGGUAUAGCAAACUAAUUGGCGAUGAAAAUGGACCCAAGGUAAACGAUCUUCACAUCUUCUUGACAGCUUUUGUGGGCGGAAUUGCAUUAGGCGUAGCUUCGUCCUAAAGGAAAUCUCAAUAUAACUUAUGAUGUUAUUCUUAUACCUAGAUACUUGUCUCAUUCAUCACAUGCUAAUAUAAUUUAGUGUAACCGAGUUAACUCAACAUUUGUUUAUCAAAGCGAGAAUAUUAUGAUGUGAUUGAUAUCCCAAUAGCGCUUGCAUUAAAAGAAUUGUAUUAUCAAUGAAUUAAAAUAAAACAAGUGAGCAGUGGUUUACGAAAUUGCCACUGACCAGUUA